AUAAAUAAACCUCAAAAUCCACAAAUUUUUUAUCCAAACCACCAUAUUCAGACUACAUUAAUGGCUUCUAGUUUUUGUCCCUCGUUGGUUCAACCAAACCCACAUCCUCAAUUCACUUUCUCAAAACGUAAAAUCAAGAUUCUUGGUAAAAACCAUUUACCGAUUAUUAUUACAGCUUCUGAUACUGAUAAUUCAACAAAGUUGGUCACUUUUUUAGGCAAAGGUGGCUCCGGCAAGACCACCUCUGCUAUUUUUGCUGCUCAGCAUUAUGCAUUGGCUGGAUUUAACACAUGCUUGGUAAUACAAACUCAAGAUCGUUCCGCUGAUUAUCUUCUCAAUCGUAAGAUCGGAAAUUCUCCUGUUGUGUGCAAUGACAACCUUUCAGCUGUUAGGUUGGAAACCACUAAAAUGCUUCUUGAGCCUCUUAAUAAGCUAAAGCAUGCAGAUGCUCGUCUUAAGAUGACCCAAGGCGUUCUCGAAGGGGUGGUUGGAGAAGAGCUCGGUAUACUUCCUGCAAUGGAUUCCAUUUUUUCAGCAUUUGUUCUUGAAAGGCUCAUCGGGUUCUUAAAAAAUGCAACCAAAGGGAAAAAUAAAGAGGAUGAAAAAUUUGACAUAAUAAUUUAUGAUGGAUUCAGCGCUGAUGAAACCCUGCGAAUGAUAGGUGCAGCCAGUAAAGCAAGAUUGUACUUGAAAUACCUGAGGCACUUGGCUGAGAAGACUGAUCUCGGGAGACUGGCUGGUCCUUCACUCCUGAGGCUGGUUGAUGAAGCAAUAGGUAUAAGUGACAAGAGGUCGCCGUUGAAUGAGAAAAUGAGUGCAGAGAUAUGGGACACUCUGGAGAAGAUGUUGGAGCGAGGAUCGGCUGCAUUCUCUGAUCCAUGUAAAUUUGGCUGCUUUCUUGUAAUGGACCCAAAUAGUCCAACUUCAGUUAACUCUGCAUUGCGUUAUUGGGGCUGUACAAUCCAAGCUGGUGCACAAGUUUCUGGUGUAAUUGGAAUCGAUUCUCCAAAUUUAAAUGCCGAAUCAAAGGAAGAAAUUAAGGAUAAAUUUUCACCAUUGCCUUUUGCUUUCAUUCCACAAUUAUCAACGAGUUAUCCACUGGAAUGGAACUCAAUCAUGCAAAACAGUGCUGGUCAUUUUGCAAAGGCCAUUUUCUCUUUGCCUACGAGUCAAAGUGACAGCAGGAUGUUACCUGUGAAAUUCGAUGCAUCUAAAAAAUCAGUGACUCUUUUUAUGCCAGGAUUUGAGAAGACUGAGAUCAAGCUAUACCAAUAUAGAGGAGGAUCUGAGUUGUUGGUGGAAGCAGGAGACCAGCGACGCGUAAUUUGCUUGCCACCAAAAAUUCAAGGUAAGGUGGGAAGUGCAAAAUUCAUCGAUAGAAGCGUUGUAAUCACAAUGCGAUAGAACAACUUUGAUAUGAUAUAACUUGUAGUUCUAUCCGUGAAAUGUGAAAAUUCAUUGAUCAGUGAUAAUUGUAUCUGGAAUGAUGGCUCAUUAGUUAGCCCUUGAAAUAAUAAGGCUCUAUGUUCUUUGAA